UCAUCUAGUGCAGCUUGUAUGGGAGAAUUGUGUCCCAACUCUUCACUAGAGCUUUGUGACACAUCCUGGUGCAGCUCUGGACCAAUCCUGAAUUAAACCACUUUGCUCUUUGACACCAAGUUCUGCAUUGGACUACCACAGCAACAACUGCAUCUUUGGACCAGCUCCUGUAUGAGAACUGUGACCCAGCUUUUUGAUGGUACUUCUGCUGCAGCUCCGACAUAGUUCCAUGGGUCUUUUGCCACUAGGUCCUGUAAGCAAAUUUUACAUUGGACUGCCUGGUGCAUCUCUGUGUUGAGACCUGUGCCAACUUUGUCGUAGGCUUCAUAGCACAGAUACAAAUACAUCCUCAUACAGCUCUAUAAUAGGGCCUUGUGGGCUAGCUCUGCAUUGGGCCUUCUGACGCAGCUCUGUCAUGGGCCCCGUUAGCCACGAGCCUGCUAUCCAUGGGCCCUGUGCUGCUUGCUGUGGUUCUCCGUUCUGCAGCUGCACUCCAAAUGGUCUCAGUUUACGAUCUGCCAAUAGCUUGUAGAUUUGUGGCCCUACUGCUCCUUUGUUGAGGGGUGUGACAGGCUGAGUUCCUGAGCUUAGGAACGCAAAACAGCGUAAUUGAGGAGAGGAAUGUUCUUGGCGUUUAGUAGUAUAAUGUUCUGUGGAACAUUCUGCUAUUCUCUAAACAUUUAAAGAAAGUAGUGGUGCUCCACAAAUGCUGCACAUGUGUUGUUACAAUUAAUUAAGCAUGUCAUUAAGCUGGCCGUUUAUUUUGCACUCUUGAGUGUUUACAGGAGUUUGACAGGUUGGGUAAGUUGGGCAAGCCACGUUGCUGCUACUUAGUAUGGUAAAUGUCUGUCACAGCCUUGAACUAAUUUUACCAGCUGAUUUUGCAAAACAUUCUAGAAACGCAGACUAUGCCUUCACACCAUUCUCAGCCAGAAUAAUCCCACUCUCCAAUCAGAACAGCAGCAACAAGAGACCAACUGUGACAGAAUGUUCAUUUGGGGACCGGAAUUAAUUUAAAUGGUUUCCCUUCCUGAGCACUGAAAACAUUUUUCCCCAGAUAAUUUCAGACCUUACUGAGAGUUGAGAGUUGUGGCUUUGUGUAAGCAUAAUAAGGCAUUUUUACUAUACUGUAAUGCUGUAGUCAGGACCACUUUAGUCAAAGGUUAUGUGCACACAGCAAGUAAAAGUGGCCCAAUCAGAUCUUUUUCGCCAUAUAUGACUGUAUAAAAACACAGUCAGCAAAAACACAGCAAAAACACAUUUAAAUCUGAUCUUUCUCAUUUCGAUUCAGUCAUUUCUCAUAUGAUUGCGAACAUGCGACUGCCAAAACUGCUAGAUUAAUGAACCUUUUAUGUCGAUGAAAAGGAAAAAAGGGUGUUAAGAGAAUGGUUCAUGAAUGUGAGAAGAAAAAAUUGAUGAAAGAGUGAGGCAGGGUUUAAGUGCUGGAUAGUGAGGUAAUGGACCACAUAAAUAUUUGGGAUAAUGUCACUUCAAAUAAUAUUAGAAUUAAGGCUGGGGGAUUAACCACUGUUAAUUUGUUUUAAUGCCAUUUUCUAAAUUGGAUAUUCAAGAUUGUACAUCUUUACAUAUAAAAGCUCUCAGAGGGAAUCUCUGUAGAUAGAUCUUUACUUCUGUCAGAAACCAGUGUUUUUCAUAUUUUACACUUUUCCUUAACUGAAAUACUUGAAGGUUAUGUUUGCACCGUGUUUAAUAUAAAAGCUAAAGGCCCUGCUUACUAUUAGUUAAAAAAAUGAAAUGUAAAAGAAAGAAGCUUGCGCAUCACAUGUUGAAAAUCUGGUGAACUGAAAAUCUAAAUCACUCAUAUAUUUAAAAAAUAUCAAGAUAAUUUAUUUUAGAAUGCUUCUGCAACAACCUCUCAGUGGCCACAGAAUGUAGUUGCUGCAUCAAAGGAAAAUAAAUGUAUUUAAACCUAAAUAAUGUGCCCUUUUUACAGUGAGCUUGAAUUUUGCAUAGCUGUUGUGAUUCUGGCAAGGAUGAAACUGAAACUUCAUGUGAAGCGUUGCUCAAUUGCACAUGCAUAAUGUCACUGUACACAACACAAACUGUUCAGACAAGUGUCAGAUAUAGGUCACAUUUAAAAAAGAUAGUGUUAACACCCUAAAAUAAACAUUAGAUUUGGUGAGAAAAUUUGAUUUGGGACACUUUCACCUGCUUUCUGAAAAUAGCCAAAGAUAAAGAAUCAAAAAUGGCUUGUUGAAAAUGUGAUUCUAAUCAGAGUUGCUUUUAAAUCUGAAGUGCUCUGUUACAUCCACUGGCAUCCCUUGAUAAAAAAGAGCAACUGCAGCCAUCAGCAUUUUCUCCUGGCCGGAAUGUCUCACCACGGUCAGCUCAGUAGGAGGCUCCCUUGGGGGUGUCCUCUUUCUUUUUUAACCUCAUAGCAAGCCUGGGUCAGUGGGCCAAGCCAGGGGUCAGUGUGGCAAUUGUGGACUUUGGGGGGAGGUUAUUUUCCUUUGGCCUUUAAAAGAUACAGGUUACUGCCAGCCUGCCCCAGGGGGUUCUUUACUGUCUGGCAGUGUAAACGUGACCCCAGUGGUUAUGAUUCCUUAGACAACAAAUUUUCCUCACAAAUCUUACUAUUAAAUUGAAUUCAGUUCAGUUAUUUGGAUUGUAAUCAGAAUUCAAUUACAUAAAGAAGUAUUCUAAACACACAAUUGUCUAUAGAAAUAUGGAAAUGCUAUUCUAAAUUAUUGCACAUGAUUGUCAAUUCUGUUGCGCCGCCAACAUCAGCCUGAGGCACCAUGAUGCACGGAUACACAGUUUACACCCCUAUUUCUGUCCCCUUGCCGUGGUACCUGCGUCAUGGCAAAGCGGCCAGUGUAACGGAUACGACAGUGGGUGGGACUUGGCAUGGCGCCAAGACGAUGGGAUGGCAGUAAAACGCGCGCUGAGGCGGCACCCGAUCAGAGCAGUGACAUUAACACUUCUCUGUGCAAAGAACCUUUCGAAGAAGGACUUCUUCAGGCUGCCAGAUCCCUUUGCUAAAGUGGUGGUGGACGGUUCUGGUCAGUGCCACUCAACGGACACGGUCCGAAACACGCUGGACCCAAAGUGGAACCAGCACUAUGACCUGUAUAUUGGUAAAUUGGACUCAAUCACCAUCAGCGUGUGGAAUCAUAAGAAGAUCCAUAAGAAACAAGGGGCAGGUUUUCUGGGCUGUGUCCGUCUGCUCUCCAAUGUCAUCAACCGUCUCAAAGACACGGGAUAUCAGAAACUGGAUCUAAACAGACUGGGGCCCAAUGACAAUGACACCAUCCGGGGACAGAUAGUCGUGAGCUUGCAGUCCAGAGAUCGAAUAGGAUCAGGAGGCCCGUUGGUGGACUGCAGCCGUCUGUUUGACAACGAGUUACCGGACGGCUGGGAGGAGAGGAGAACAGCUACAGGCCGUAUUCAGUAUCUCAAUCACAUCACACGGACUACACAGUGGGAGAGACCCACCAGGCCUGCCUCUGAGUACUCCAGCCCUGUCCGGCCACUCAGCUGUGUUUUAGACGAGAACACGCCUGUCUUGACCCCCAACGGAGCCACCAGCGUCCAGCCCAGUGACCCACGAGCGCAGGAGAGACGAGUCCGCUCACAGAGACACAGAAACUACAUGAGCAGAACACACCUGCACACACCUCCAGACCUGCCUGAAGGAUAUGAGCAGAGAACUACGCAACAAGGCCAAGUCUAUUUCCUCCACACACAGACCGGCGUCAGCACGUGGCAUGAUCCACGAGUACCCAGGGAUCUCAGCAAUGUUAACUGUGAGGAGCUGGGGCCCCUCCCACCGGGUUGGGAGAUUAGAAACACAGCGACUGGCCGGGUCUACUUUGUGGAUCACAACAACCGAACCACGCAGUUCACCGACCCGCGUCUCUCUGCCAACCUGCACCUAGUGCUGAAUCCCAGUCCUAAUGGAUGUCGUGCUGGUGUGGAAGGGCAGAAUAUAAGUCGUCACCCCCAGCUGAAGGAUCCGUCCCCGCUGUGUAAUGUCCCUGAAGAGGCAGAGUGUCUUACCGUCCCCAAGUAUAAACGGGACCUGGUGCACAAGCUGAAGGUUCUGAGGCAGGAGCUUUCCCAGGCGCAGCCGCAGGCCGGUCACUGUCGCAUUGAAGUCUGCAGAGAGGAGAUCUUUGAGGAGUCGUAUCGGCAGGUGAUGAAGAUGCGGCAGAAAGACCUGUGGAAGAGGCUGAUGGUCAAGUUUAGAGGAGAGGAGGGACUGGACUAUGGGGGUGUGGCCAGGGAAUGGCUGUAUUUGUUAUCCCACGAGAUGCUGAAUCCGUAUUACGGCCUGUUCCAAUACUCGCGUGAUGACAUAUACACACUCCAGAUUAACCCUGACUCUGCUGUCAACCCGGAGCACCUGUCCUAUUUCCACUUUGUGGGCCGGAUUAUGGGCAUGGCAGUGUUCCACGGACACUAUAUCGACGGGGGUUUCACUUUGCCCUUCUAUAAGCAGCUGCUUGGUAAACCCAUCACCCUGGAAGACAUGGAGUCUGUGGACCCGGACCUGCACAACAGCCUGGUCUGGAUACUGGAAAAUGACAUCACAGGAGUGUUGGACCAUACGUUUUGUGUGGAGCACAGUGCCUACGGUCAGAUCAUUCAGCAUGAACUCAAACCCAAUGGCAAGACCAUCCCUGUCUCUGAGGAGACCAAGAAGGAGUAUGUUAGGCUGUACGUGAACUGGCGUUUCCUGCAUGGAAUUGAGGCUCAGUUCCUGGCUCUGCAGAAGGGCUUUAACGAGGUCAUUCCACAGCACCUGCUCAAAGCCUUUGACGAGAAGGAGCUGGAGCUGAUUGUGUGCGGUCUGGGGAAGAUUGACAUUCACGACUGGCGGGCGAACACGCGGCUGAAGCACUGCACGGCCGACAGCAACGUGGUGAAGUGGUUCUGGAAGGCAGUGGAGACGUUUGAUGAGGAAAGACGAGCGAGGCUGCUACAGUUUGUCACCGGCUCCUCCAGAGUGCCUCUGCAGGGCUUCAAAGCCUUACAGGGUGCAGCAGGACCCAGACAGUUCACCAUCCAUCAAAUUGAUGCCAGCACCAACAACCUGCCGAAAGCCCACACAUGUUUUAACCGCGUAGACAUUCCUCCCUACGAGAGCUACGACAAACUGUACGACAAGCUGCUGACCGCCAUCGAGGAAACGUGCGGCUUCGCCGUGGAGUGACCAACUGCAUCUAGAGGGAGUGACCUGCUCUGGACAGAAGUCACCUGGACAGAUUUAUGGUCGUCCAGCAGUGGCACGAGUUUAAAUCAGAGGCUCGGGUGUGCAAAUACAGCCAGAAGAGGGAAAAGUACGGACUCCCAUGCAGAAAGACUUUUUGUUUUAGUAGUUUUUUUUUUUUUUUAAACACCAUUUUUCCCAUAUUUUGUUUGUCUUCUGUCUGCUGCUACGAAGCAUUUUCGAAGAAGUCUUCUUAAAAAUCCUGAAAUCUUCUUUCAACCGGGAUCCAUUCAGUAUAUUUAUUCACGUUCAUAUAUUCAGGACUGGUAAAGUGAUGCAAUGAAUCCAGAUUUGUGGACUUUUGACUUUUGAGUUUUUGAAAGCCACAAAUGUCAUACUGAGACAGGAUUUUGCCGCCCUCGUGUAAUGUGCAAAGGCCCUAGCCUGUACUAAAGGUGUCUUACCCAGCAUAGCAUAGCAUAACAUAGCAUAACAUAGCAUAGCAUAGCAGAUCUGUGAGAUAAAGAUCUGGAGAAGUUGGCCAGACCACAGCACUGCACUGUUUAGUGCUUUGACUCACCAGCUUUCUAUUAAACCAGUCAUACAGACCUUUUAAAACAGGUGAAAUACUAAGCUGUGAAGCGAUGUGGCUUUGUAGAACUGAAUACAUGUAUGUUGGAUCAUCAACUGUUGGAGGUAAUCCUGUAAAAUUGGACACACAUACUGAUAUAAUAUGCAUAGACACACUAUAUCAGUGGUAGAUGCACAGGCUAGAGGUAUAAACCUUACAGAACUUUCAUGCAGUGAGGAUGAUGGAGCUCCAUUCAGUACCUUUAAAAUGAGUUGAAGUGGCAGAACUGAAGAAUCUUCAAACAAACUUCAGUACCUGUCUUCAGUGCUAAUACUUAUAUAGGGCUGAAUGCAAUAUGCAAUCAAAUACUCCUCACUGCAAUGGUCCAACAAUAAGCGAGAAAGCCUUGCCAGAAGAGCUGGGGCUAUUACUGCAGCAUAGGGGACAUAAACCUUCUAUUCAUCCCAGAGACCGUGACCACAGCUGGCAUUAACAUGCAUUCUGAGUGAUCUUAUCAGGAGUUGGCAGCACAAAGUACAGAUUUAAAUAGGGUACUCAAGAGUAUCUCAAUGAUUGCUAAAACAACCCCAGUGACACAUAUGACCACAUUAUUAUUGUAGUGUAAAUACUGCAGCAUCUCUAUGCACCUCCGGCUCCAGCCUAACCAGCUGCCUAACCAGACACACACCAGACAAUAAUUGCAAAGCUGCACUGUCCACCGUCCGACAGGGUUAGCUGAGCAUGCUACAAUGCCAUGUUAAUAGCUAAUGAGGAUACCCUUGGUUGGUGCGCAGGCAAAACUAGCUGCUUAAUCCUGAUUAUGGCUGAGGAUUCCGUCCCAGGAAAACUGAAGAUCUCUUACAGUAAUUGGCCCCUCCUCCAGCGGAAAUUACGUGAUUUUACUGUGAUACUCUAAGCAAGGUGAUGUAUAGCAAUUGUUUUAAACCAAAUUUUAGAAAAACUAUCAUAGUAAGAAAACAUACUGUCUCUAUUUCACUAUUUACAGCUCUGAAAAAAAUUAAAACCACUUCAGUUUCUGAAUCAGUUUCUCUGAUUUUGCUAUUUAUAGGUAUAUGUUUGAGUAAAAUGAACAUUGUUGUUUUAUUCUAUGAACUGCAGACAUUUUUCCUAAGUACAAAUACAAAUAUACCAAUGUCUUCCAGAUCUAUUUUUUUUUAGCAAAAGGAGAAAUAGCUGAAAUAACAAAAAAAGUUCACAAAUCAAUAAUUAACCCUGGUUUUCACUCACAGUUUUUAGGAAUCUUGGCAUGUUCUCCUCCAUCGGUUUUACAUACUGCUUUUGGGUAAUUUUAUGCCACUCCUGGUGCAAAAAUUCAAGCAGUUCAACUUGGUUUGAUGGCUUGUGAUCAUCUAUCUUCCUCUCAAUUAUAUUCCAGAUUAUUUCAAUUUGGUAAAAUCAAAGAAACUCAUAAUUUUUAAGUGGUCUCUUAUUUUUUUUCCAGAGCUGUGUAAAAUCUAAGUAAAAGAAAUAUGAGCUUUUUAUGCAGUUAUAUCAGUGGGAUCUAAGUUCAGAAUACAACACUGCUGUCUAGUGGGCAAACCACUGUCUGCCAACAAUCUUUGCAUGUAAACUAAUAAUCAAAAAUCAAUACAGUAUUGCAACAGUAGAUAUCUUAAUAUAUCGAUAUUUGCUUACACCCCUAAAACAGGGCUCUAGAUUUCAUAAAAAAGGUUAAUCAUAAGUAGGUGUCUACAAACUUUUGGACACAUAAUGAUAAAGCCAUAAUUGUAGCAGGGACCUUUACAAGUUUCUGAGGUAUUAUGUUGCCUCCUGCCACCAGCUGAAUCAAAAUUAUGUAGGAGUGUAGUAAAUGAAAGCAGUAGAGACAAGGGAUCCUGAUCUCAAAUCACCUUCACGCCAUUUUUUGGUCAUGUCCAUCAGGAAAGGCAAAAGAUCACACUGGAGGAGCCUGUUGAGGAUCUUGCCAUUAUAAGAAGCCCAGGUCUUUGGCUGGAGAGCACUUUAGAAGCUUUUGGGUGAGGAACAUUAGCUGAGGAUGCACCCCGCUCAAUUCCUUAUGCAUAGGGCUCGUCAUUUUGAAGAUGUCUUUUGUAUUUCGCUUAACUGUUUCAGGAUUUAAUCUCAGGUCAUGUUUAGGUUAAUCUCGCUUUUUAAGUGUGACUGGUCAUAAAGAGUUUUUUGCUGCAUGUUCCCAGCUUUUGUUUUAUUAAGGCUUUGAUACAGUAGACCAGCAUGCUGACUGCUUCCCACCAGUGUCAAUUUGUUGUUUGUGUCUUUUAAAAGCUGGGCAUUAUGCAAAAGAUCACUUGCGCCCUGAUUUUUCCAGUGCAACAAAAGUUUUCACUCAUUUAUUUGUUUCAAUUUUAGUGAAAACAGCCAUUAAAAACUGAAGACCUGUGUCCUUUUUUUCCCCUAUUUUUAUUGAAUCGGCUGUAUUUUGGCAAAAAAUGCACAAAGCUAUGCAGAGAUCCAGGCUUCCAGGAGUUUCCUGAACUAGAGUUUUGUUUUCAAUAAAAUGGAACCCAUAACAACAGGGGUGAUAGCGUUCCGGCGCUGCGCCGGAAAUCCGGCGUAGCGUGGCUCCUACAAAAAGCCCCUAGCCCCUAACCCCUUUCAGGCAGAAAACUGCUGAAAGUCUAAACUUAGUAUCUCCAUCUGAAAACCUGAAAUUGAGUUUCUAAUAUAAAUCAAGUAGUUGUAAAAGAUCCAGAACACAUUCAUUGAUGUUAAGUUCUAGACUCUGGGGAAUUCAGUCUGCUGUUCUAGAAACAGUUUGGUUUGCUUUUCUCAGUGAGGGCUAAUUUAGGUAGCUCCACAUUCUUUCAGAUGCACAGUAUUGGGUAUCCUUGAAUGAAGUUAAUACAAGAAGAAUGUUGUGGGUACAGGACAAGUGUAUAUGUUCAGUGUAGUAGUAAUUAGCUGGGAAAUAAUCAGGUUAUACUGCACCUGAACAUCCAUUUAGCUCAAACAUGCAGAGUAUAUAUGGCAGUUGGUUCGGAUUGAGGUUCUCAAAGCAAACUCACCGCUCCAGAGUUUGUUUCCAGUAACAAAUCAGAAACUAGUAUUUAAAGGCUGUUUUCCCUGGAAAUGUAACAUAGGGUGCUCUCACCUGUUUUCAGUCCAGUAUAUGACCAAUAAUAGUGAAAGUGUUUUGUUUUGUUUUUUUAUCAUUGAUGAGUGCAUUUGAGUUUGUUUACUGUUUGUGCUCUUCUGAUGAAAUCACGAUAAAGUUAAUUAUACUCUUAAUGGUGCUUUUAAAGUGGCAAAAAAAGCUUUAAAGACUUUUUAAAAUGUACAUUUUUUAAAUCUCAGUUUCUCAACGACUGGCUUCCUUCUAUUGGUACACAAAUAUAACAAAGAUAAGAUUAGCAUUAACUUACUGACGUUACACAUCUCACACACAAUCAUGUUUAAUAUAUAACUCAUACCAGGCUUUUCUAGCAUGUUCCACCUGCAGAACUACAGCAUAUAAUCUUCCCGCCCUGCCGGUGUGCCGUGAUGUAUGAAACAGUACUGCAGCGAGUGUGAAUGCCUCCUGUUGCCCGUGUUUCAGAGUGUACGGAGUGUGUGCACAUUUUAGUCAAGUGUAAAUAAGCUUGUUAAAGUCGCUGGAUUCAUUUUGUCUGUCAUUGGUGAAAAGUGUAUUUAUUGUCACGGCUGUUCUGUGAGCUUGUACAUAAAAACAAAAACACCCAUGCCUUCAAAACAUGAGCAAUAAAGUCAGCUCUCGGCUGCAAUCAGCAGCUUCUGCUUUCAUAGACAAUGA